GUCAAAAUCACAAACUUGAUUUUACAUCAACAUUUUUCUUUCCGUCAUUCACAUUGUUCCACUCACUCCAUAUGAGUGAAAUUGCGUGGAUUUUGUGGGAUUUUGUGGUGUAAGAUUUUUUAGUGAUUCUCGUCAUUCUUGUUUUAAAAGUGGUGCCAUAACAAUUAAUAAUAGUGAUUAACAGUGAGUUACAUUACAUUCUUUUGAAUGGAUUUUUUUCAUUGUCGCCAUCUCUUUGUGAAUACGCCGCUGAAAAAAACAGUGUUUUCAAUAAAUGGUAAUUGUUACAAUCACCUUGCGUAGUUUAAAAUGACCGGAGUGCGCGUCGGGCGCGUUCCCAAGCGCCGGAGAGGAGCCCGCGUGAAGACUCGGUCAGUGCUAAGAAUGAUGGCAAUAAUGCAGGACAGGAAUAGCGAGGAAGUGCCCCGGGAGUUCCUCGAAACGGGGCGGACGGGACGGCGCAACGCCAUGCCCGACAUCCUGCACCCUCAAGGUGUGGAGAUGACCACCGCUGACUUGCCUUCCAGACUGCAACAGCUUGUCACCACGGAUCCAGACAACCCUCAGCCGGGGACGUCAAAAACCGACAUAGACUCGAGCAAAGUGGAUGAGACGACGGGUAAAAAGGACAGCUGCAGUUGAGCUGUCUCCUUCGCACAGUCCCGAAGUAUCGCGGACUCACUGGACUUGCCCAAAGCUAAAGUAAUCUCAUUCGGGGCCCUUAUUCGCUAUGACAUAGAAAUCGUAUCACGAUCGAGGAAGAAUCGUUAGUUUGACAUCCGUUUGAUCUGUGAUUGUUUUCGGAAGAUGCCAGUAGUAGGAGUAGUACAAGUUUGAACUUCUCGAAAACUUUAAUGGUUUUUGUAUUAAAUUUAAUAAUUUAUAUAUGGAGUUAAGAGCUAUCCAUAUAGGUCUCAUCCAUUGCCUAGGUUCUGAUUUUAUAGACCUAAAUUUCCUUUUCAAACUCGCACAAUCUUUUCUACGAUUUUUUAUUGCACAAACUUUUCUCUAUAGAUGUAUGGAGGAACUCGACAAACAAUUUAGUUUCACACAAACUCUUUCUAAGAUUAAUGAUUUAUUUUAUGUAUGGCAUUGACUGUUGAUUAGACCUAUCUAUUGGUGGAUCUAUUGAUGACAGAUCGUAACAUGUCAAACUGAUGCUUGAUCUUGAUAUUUGAUGAUACUAUUUACAUAAUUCGCGAGAUAUGGCGUGUCAUACAAAAUGACAAUGUUUUUUAUGCCGAUUCGAAGAGUCAAAAUGGUCAUUGUAUUGACAGAUGUCUCAUCAGUCUUAGUUCCGUGUAAAUUCACUGCUCUAUCAGCGCCAAAAUGGCAAUAGUCAAGUUGCUUCAAAACACAUCGUUAAUCGCAUAUCUAGCGUACUAUGUAAAUACUAUUAUCACAUAUCUAUGUGCUUGUAUGAACGUCUUGUUAUUUGUGACGUCAAUCUUGGCAAUUGUUUAAAGACUUCAGUUUGACGUCACAUAUGCAUUUUGCAAAGUUAAGAUUUCAAUGUCAAAGAGAGUCAGGGCUUGGUACUACAUAUAGUAUUAUUAAACACUGAGUAAGCGAGUAGGUACUCACCUUAGGUGCAUAUAAUUAUAGCUCUUAUUUCCAGUGUGAGAGGGUAGAUUGUCUAGUAAAUAGAAUAGGCAUAAUUUGGCAACUAUACAGUUGUAACGGCGAUGGCAGUUACUGUAAUUAAAGCGUUUGCCAACUGUAUGGUUAGCAAACUGUGGAAGUAGUGUGGAGGAGCAUUGUCGAAUUUAUAUUGUUUAUUGUUACAUUGAUAGAUUUGAUUUUUUUGCAAAAACCAUGUAUCACAAAUAAUGUUAUAUGUAUGUUGUUUCUUUUUAUUGUUAAAAUAAAACUUCUUUGGGUAGAUUUGUGGUCGAUUUUGUGAUGGGUAAUAACUUCAAAAUCGCGUCACUGACAUUCUAAUGUUAAUGUUGCUCGUAGUGCUGGUUAGAUGUGUAAAAACUAAACUAAUGUUACCUAAUGGUUUUAAUUAACAAUUUAUGAAAUUUUAAUUAUUGGUACUUACUACGAUUACUUUGAAAAUCCAAAAAAAAAAAACUGUUAUUUCAUAGUUCUCAGUUUUCACUUCUGUUAGCAGUCUUCACUGACUGACAAUUUUUGUUUUUGUUACAAUUCACUUAGUCUAGAUAGCUUUAGUGAAGUUAUAUUUUAUAACAGCGACAAGGAUCAAAAAUAAAUCUUUGAUCUUUAAAAAUAACUUUAAAGAUACUUUCCAAACCGUAUUUUUUUAACCACUCAAAUGUGUGGGUUUUCUUAAUAUUAAUUCCAUAAUGUACAAUCUUAGCGAAAUAUAUUUUAUAUGAGACAAUGUUUUAACAAGGCUGCACAAUUGUUUAGAAUAUCUUUGUAUAUUCAGAUACCAAUAUGAUGUGAUCUAAUAUAAAUAGCAGGUAUGCACCACGAUUAAUACGAUUAUUUUGAAUUAUCUAUAUUUUGACUUGUAUUUUGACACAUGAGUCGUGGUUACGAUGAGACUGCAGUGCUGCGAGAGAUGAAGUUCGAACUGGGUCGAAUUAACAAUAAUUCUAAAGUUGCCUUCAAACUACGGAAAUAUAACAUAAUAUAUAUUACAUCUAAGUGUAAACAGUGACAUUUCAAAGUAGGGUGAGCGAUAUUUAUAUAUUAUAUAAUAUUUCCGUAGUUUGAAGGCAACUAUAAUCAUCGUAGUACAUACCCGUUAUUUACAUUAUAAUAUGCCGUUAGAUCACGAAUUAAGUUUAAAAUACGAUAAGAACAAAUAUCUAGAACAAUAGAUAUAACUAUGCCAACUUUUAAUAUCAUUAUUGUAUAAUUUUUUAUGCCUUGGGGAAGCCUAGUGCCGACACUUACCUAUAUUAGUAAUUAUUGCAAAAUAAUUAAUUAUAGCCAAUAGCGUACUUUACAAUACAAAAGUACAAUAAAGUAGUUAAAAUGUCAAUUUUAGGUUCAAUUAGAUACUACCAAGUUGUAGUGUGCCCAGCCUAGCAGUACAAUUGCAGAACUACGUCUACGUCAAUACGUAAUGUGCAUACAUUUUGAGAUCUCGCCAUUUUAGCUCUGUUCAUCUCAAAAGUACGAUUUGGUCCUUAAGAGCUAGCAUGCACCACGGUAAACCGUACGUUUUUUUCCACAAAAUCUCUGAACUGAAGAACUACGUAAUUCUCACUCUCUCUAAUUUAAAGGUGAACCGUACUUUUGACAGGACAGCUGACAUAUAGAGCUAAAAUGGCAAUUGAGAUUUUAAAAUUUAUGCAUUAUACGCCAAGAGAGCGCGCAAAACAAGUAUUCCAAUCUGAACACGAGGCGUAUGUUAGCCUAAUAUUUGACACAUCACCGAUUCAGAAUCAAACCGAGUUUUCUAGUUCUAGUUCACUCUGCUAAUAGUAUAAAUUCGAAAGUUGUAUCUGUCCGUCAGUUACCUUUUCAUGGCCGUCAUUUUCAUCUAUUUUAACGUUUAUUUUGUUAGUACAGAGAUAGCUUGACAUAGGCUUAAAUGCCAGAAAAUCAGAGUUCCCACGGGAUUUUCAAAAACCUAAAUCCGCGUGGACGAAAUCGCGGACAUCAUCUAGUCUCAAAUAAGGCGCAGACCACACAAGUGAAAAUAUAGCACCGACUUUAGUGACGCUGUCAAAUGUUGAUGAUGUGUUUGCGCCUUCUAACAUUACGCUUAUUGCACGAAUAAACGCUUAAUUUAAUUAAUACGACUUACGCAGACUGUUGCUUUGUUUUGGUAUUGAGUACAAUUUAUUUUUGUGAUUUAUAUUGAGUGAGAAUUGCACAGAUUAAUAUUAGAUUUGUUUAUAAGUUCUAUUUUUAAAUUUUGUAAAGGGUGCCAUUUUUGUUUACACCAAAAACAAGUUAUGACAAUGGUAUACUCUGUAAAUACUUGUAAAAAAAAUUACUGGGCUCUUUGUUAACUCAAGAGACGACGUAUUUCUCUGGAUCAUCAAAUUAUAAACUAUUGUCACUGCAGUGAGAAUACAAGUUAUAAGUUGAAGUGAUUUUUACAAGUUUCGUUGAUAGCUCAAUAGCUUGAAGUAUCAUAACUUGUUUUUUGAUGUAAACAAGGUGUUAGAAAAAAAGUGAAUGUUUUUAUUUAAUUGUAUUGGUGUAUCUGUUUUUAAUGCGGAUAUUUAUGUACACAAUCUCGAAACUAUAAUAAUGGUCUAAAUCUUAGUGCUAUCUUUGUCUGCAGGGAGCAUUAAGAAAUGGACAGCAAUAUAUUAAUAUAUUUGCAACUUAGUUUAGAGAUUGUAUACAACCAUGUAAAUAGCAUUAAGAAAUUGCGAUAAUUAUUUGCAUGCGACACAGCAAGGUUGAGGUCUAUAUAGAGCACUUUGACUUUGCUCAGAGUUAAGUCAGUGUUAAAACAAGACAGUGUUAUAUCGCUGGCAUAAGUCUGUCUCGUUUUAACUGAAACUUAAGUCUGAGCAAAGUCAAACUUUGCUCUAUAAAUCUCAACCUUAGAUACAGGGUUGAUUUCCAUCGACUUCGAAAAAUAAAUAAUGCGGUUUAUACGGUUGACUAUAUUAAUAUAACGUCCUAUAUAAUAGCAUAGGCGUUUAAAUUAACAGCUGUUUAAGCAAAGUAUACAUCGUGUGUUUUGCCGCGCGGAAAAGUAAGUGAUGUUUUUGGGGCUUUAUUACUGGUUUUUUUUAGAUGUUGAAAUCGCAAAUAAGAGUUAUACUUAGUACUGACUUAUUUUACUUACUAGUGGAUUGAACACUUAAUUAAAUAAUUAAUUUUUGUACACUUUUAUUAUGAAAAUAUAUUUUUAUUGUAAUUCUGCCGCGCGACAUAAAACAUUAAUGUGUACAUGUCCAGAGGCUAUAAGCUAAGAAUCAAAAGAAAAUACAGUAAGCUACUAUAAAAACUUUGUGUCUUUGAUCUAUUUUCUACAAAUAAUUAGCUCUGUAACGACUAUAACAUUGCCUUGAUAUCUUUCUAACAUCGAAAUGUAAUCAACGUCAAUUUUUCGAUGUUUUGAUGUCUCGAUUUUAUUAUGUUACUUAUCUUUUUUAAUGUGUAGAGAAUCGAAUAUACGAAUACAUAAUUAUCUUCCAAAAAUUUAAACUGACUCCAAAACAUUGAUAUAAAAGGUCUAGAUAUACAAAAUAAUAGUUAGAGAGCGCACAAUAAUAGAUGUUCCAAAAAGAGGGCUUAGUAUUUUCAACAAAACAUUUUUUGUAGCCCAGAAAUAUUUAUUAUUUAGUCAUGAUUCUGUCUUAAAUCUUAAUAAUUACUUAUCGAUAUGACAAUUUAAAAAGUACCUAGUAAACAUUUCAUAUGUCUAUCUCGAAGUAGUAUAAAUAUUAUUAUAGUGUAUGUAUAAAAAUGCCGUAGUUAUACAAUUUUUGUACGUUUUAUAUAAUGCGAAUAAUAAUAGAUACGAUUUGCUUCAAAUGUACAUAACUUAUAAAUUAAAUAUUUAACCCCUGUAAAAUCCAUAAAUAUUUUGUUUUUUUACUUGGAGUGUCCUAAAUCAAAGUAACUAAAUUAAAAUAGGCAGAUUUUUUUAGUCCUGCCCAUUUUAGUUGAGUUUUUGCCAUUUCCAUGAGUGUAAAAGAUAUAUUUGUAUAGUCAAUAUAAUAUGUACUUACCUAGUACGAGUUUGAAUAUCUCGGAAACGUCAUCAGACUAACUGGCCGUCGAUACGAAUACUCGACUCGGCUCGAAGUAGGAAUAGGUAAUUUAGUUUGUGUGCAUUCGAAUGAACACCAUUAUUCUCUUAGUCAAGAGUGCAUUUAAAAUUCCGGAUUAAAAAUAUUGAAAAUGUACUGCUCGUAAUUAACGCACAUGCUGUAUCACAUAGGUCAAUUAUCUUGUCUAUAUAUCCAUGCUUAUUCGUAUAUCAGGUACUUACCAAUGCGGCAAUGCCACAGAUUAAUAAUGAAAUAGACAUCUCGUCUUUAAUCUGUGCUUGCUGCAAAUUUUUGGGAUUCACUUACAUACAGACAUGAAGUCAAAAAGAUAUAUUUUUUUCUCUUAUAAAGUUAAGGUUUCCGUUUAGGUAUUGUUAGUAAAUAAAAUGCGUGAAUAGCUAAGGUUGUGCUGUAAGGCGCAACGUUUACCUACGAAAUGGAGUAAAGCCGACGCAAUAACUAAAAUGCAACAUUAUUAUCUUUAACCUAUGGUUGAAUUUCGUUAUAUUGAAAAUAAAUUGGUACAAUGACAAUAUGUUGAUAUGAUAAACAUAAUUUGGUAUAUUACCUACUGGAUGUAAAUCACAAGGCUUUGAGGCUGAAAUCUUUAGACCUAAGACACUGUUAAAACGAGACAGAUUUAUGUCAGCUAAGCUGUCUUAAGUUAAAGUGCGCUCUAUGGAUUUCAACCUGAGUCUCUGCAGUUAUUCCAAACUAAAUGACGCUGAAUUUGAGUUACUAUUUAAAAGAUGUAGUGCCUCAACUCCACUAUCUUCUGGUGUGCAUUGCGCCUUAAACGGGGUAACAUUGUUUAAGUCGAUCUAUUGCUUUACACACCCUUUUUACGCCUUCGAGCGUGCUUCAGAAGGGGCGUUUGCCUGUUAUCAGGGGUGUAUUGUUGAACUUUGUUACCCUGAUUUACUGAAAAAUGUAAUGUUACACCUGUUUUAAAUUUUAACCAGUGUAUAAAAUACACUGAACAUACUGAAGAAACAAAACAAAAUACCUAAUUAUAUCAUAUUCAUGUAUUGAACUGUAAUUAUUGGCUAUCUAUCUAGCAAUAUCUAUUCACAUUUUACAUGAUCUCUUUUAUUUUCAUAUUUCUGUAAUGAAAUACCUACAAUCUACAUACAUUAUAUAAUAGUAGUUUCGGUAUUGUCUUUUCUGAGAUGUGUAAAUAAAUAAUACAUACUGAA